GGAAGAUGUCCGAGCUGCUCUACCUAUAUGCUUGAUGAUACAUGAAAGUGACGACAUCCCGGCCAGUUCCUACCACAACCAUCCUGCAUUCUAUAGCAGCAGCGGCCUAUGCCCAUUCAGCUAUGACUUCAGCCCCUGCCUCGACUUCCAAAAUCAGCUGUUCCAAAUUCUACUUCGAGUGGAAAGGCCAUGGCAUCGACGACCUUGUCAAGUUCCGCGAUAUAACGCUUUCGGAGCGACCAGGCAAGCCCAUCAUCUAUCUCGCGGGCGACUCUUCCCUGGACAACAAAUAUUGGGUAAACAGGAGUAUUGGUGAUAACCAAGAGCAGGUCCCGGAGAUUUAUCGCAAGGCACUCAAAGACCCUGUCGAUCCCAAGCCUGAUGUCGCGUAUUGGACGAACCAUUUUCUUGCGGAUCGCGCUACAUGCAUCAACACGGCAGUCGAGGAGUCGAUGCUACGCGAGCGUGACAACACGCUACUACCCCACGACGAGUUCAUCCGCGACAACAUCCGCGCCAACGACAUUCUCAUUGUCAGCGUCGGCGCAAACGACGUCGCCUUGAAGCCCAACACCUUGACAAUCCGCCACAUGCUAGAACUCGCCUGGCUCACGCCGCGAAGGUCUCUUGAAAACGGAACUGCGAACUCUCUCUCGUACUUCAAACACAUGUUCGGCGCCCAGAUUCAAGAUUACAUUUCUCGCCUUACAGCCAAGACUAAACCCCGUGCUGUGAUUGCGUGCAUGAUUUACUUUCCCCUCGAGUCCGGGCUUGGCCAGACGAGUUGGGCGGAUACGCAGCUCAAGGCUCUGGGCUACAAUUCGUUUCCUGGACAGCUGCAGGCGGCCAUACGUGCAAUGUAUGAAAUUGCAACAAAGAAGAUACGAAUCGAGGGGACGCACGUGGUGCCGUGUGCGCUGUUUGAGGUGCUGAAUGGGAAAGACGCGGGUGAUUAUACCGCGAGGGUGGAGCCGAAUGCAGCGGGUGGGAAGAAGAUGGCUGAGCAGUUUGUGAAGUUUGUUGAUGGAAUCCUUGGGGAUGGCAAUGCGUCGUAAGUGUGGAUGUUGAGGUGAGGUUGGAAGAGAGUUGUGAUUACUCACAUGUCUAAUCAAAUUCGGCAAUGGAUUUUCCAAAAGAAGAAAAAGUAUAGCAAGGGGCUAGAUGUCAAGGAUGAUUAUAUAAACAUUCGAGUAUGGAUCGGCA